AUGUGCUACACCCUAACCUUCCCCUCCCUCCCAUCCCUCUGUCACGCAGCCCCAAGGCACCUCGUCAACCUAACGAUGUACUUCAUCUGCGACGAGAUCACCAACAAUCCGCAAUGGGGCAUGACACAUUGUAAGGCUGAGGAUUGUAUUCCAUAUGGGGUUUUUGGGUCCUAUCGGUCGAAGGGCGAGUGUCCACAUUGUAUUGAGGAGGUUGUGGGGGAGAGGGUGCUUUUUGUUAUGGAGAGUGGUGAUUAUCAGGUUGCUAGUGGAGGGGAAUCGAAGGGGUCUGAGAAUGGACAGGAAGACGGGCUCUUCGAGCAGGGACAUGGAGAUUCUGGUCAAGGGAGCUGGAUUUUCUUUUAG